CCUCCUGCAUGCCUUUGUUCCCCGAAUUAUACAGUAAAUUAGCUCAAGUGUCUUAUUUAUCACUGUAUUCGGGCCCUGCUGCCUUAGUGGAACCCCAUCCGGGUGUUUCAUGCCGUUGCUAAGUGUUCUCGGGGUGACCGCCAGGCGGCGCUCGUGAGGCGGGGAGCCAGGAGAGAAGCCUGCUGGAGGUCUGCUGCCCUCCGCAGGCUGCUUCCCGGUAAAUGUGGCUCUCGUCGAAGAUAAAGAAGGAACAUCUAAUGACCGUAUGCCUGUAAACCACAGCCCGGACACAAUCGGCCAGUGUAGCACCACGCAGGCCACUGCCGGAGCUAGCGUGGCGGAGAGGAUCCGUGAAAUCCGCCCGGAGCUCAGCCCGUCGCAGCCUUCAGCCUCCGGAAACGAGCCGCUUUUAACCGGCUUGGGUUUGCAGGCGCUCUCCGACAUGGACUUGAUGGUGACCCCUGACGUCCCCUCAGGUUCGGAGCCACCCAGCUCUCCACAGGUGGUGGAGGAUGGAGGAGAGGAGGACGAGGAGGAGCUGAGUGGGGGAGAGGAAGCAGACAUGCGGUCCAGUUCUGGCCGGGGCUCCCUGCUGACCCGCAGAGGCAUCACGCUGAGGGUGCUGCUCAAGGACGGCCUGGUGGAGCCCGGGGACGGGGUUUUAGCCAUUCACUACCUGGGUAAGAACUUUGUAGGCGACCUGCUGAAUGAUGGCAAAAUCCGCUGGGUGGAGACGGGUCAGAUCUUCAACUCCCCCAGUGCUUGGGCGACGCACUGUAAACGCCUGGUCAACCCAGCCAAGAAGUCCGGAUGUGGCUGGGCCUCCGUACGCUACCGGGGCCAGAAGCUGGUCCAGUACAAAACCACCUGGCUGCACAAGUACCAGCCCAGUGCCGACAUGAGUCUGGUGAGCGAGGAGGAUGAUGACGAGGAUGAAGAGGAAGGGAAGACCGCUGUACAAGCAGAGGAGAAAAACAAGAACGGCAAACCUGGGUUAAACGAUGUGAUGGUUUCACGGAGGACUGACCGGGAGAGAAUCCCUGUCCGAUACUGCACCCUGGGCACCAGAGAUGCUGCCAAGGAUCCACACACGCUGGUGGAGCUGUCGGCCUUCUCAGCCAUCAACAGAUUCCAGCCUUUCAACGUAGCUGUGUCCAGUAACGUUCUGCUGCUAAUGGACUUCCACUGUCACCUGACCACCAGCGAGGUGGUGGGAUACCUGGGAGGACGAUGGGACACCAACACACAAUUGCUGACCGUCUUAAGGGCCUUCCCCUGUCGGACCAGGCUGGCGGACAGAGAAUCUGCCUCCGCUGUGGAGGAGGAGAUUUGUCAGAACCUGUUCUUGCGCGGCCUGUCGUUGGUGGGCUGGUACCACAGCCACCCCCGAGGUCCGGCUCUGCCGUCGCUGCAGGACAUCGACUCCCAGAUGGACCAUCAGCUGAAGCUUCAGGGUUCCAACAAUGGCUUCCAGCCCUGCCUCGGGAUCAUCUGUGGUCCAUAUUACCAUGGCAACCAAGGUGUGGCCUCUACAAUAACCCCAUUCUGGGUCGUACCACCGCCUGAGCAACGGCCCAACGACUACGGCAUCCCAGUGGCUGUGGAGGUCACCUACGUACAGGACAACUUCCUGACCAGCGACGUUCUCAAUGAGAUGAUGCUGCUGGUUGAUUACUACAGGGCAGCUCCUGACCUCGUCCAGUUCAACCAGUACUGGUGUCCUGACACAACCAUGAUGGACAAGAUCAAGGGCUCUCUGAGCUGCCAUGCGCCCAAAGACCAGGCCUACUCCCAGAUCCUGGAGCACGUCUACAGUCAGCUGAGCGGCAUGCAGUGAGCGGAGCCGCUGCACGUUAGCACGCGGCUGCCCUGCGCCUCACGUCGACACAUUUCAACAAGCUUUUUGAGUGUAGCACAAGGCCGAGAGCAGGCGGUGACGUCUUCACAAAUAUGUAGAUGCCUUGUAUCUGUCAUACUUGAGCGACUAUUUAAUUUUUGACACACAAACACACGGCACUGGCUCAGAAAGCAGCAGUUGUGUUACAGUAGAUGCUGCAGGAGCCUGUCAGGCUAACUGGCCUCCCCACCGUCACACAUGGACCUAUGGCCAGACAUCUACAGCCUAAACGGUGUUGAGUUUGCCUUUAUAGACGACACCAACGGAUCCACCAGUGGUUAGACAAGAAACUGAAGACAAACAGGAAAAUAUACCACAGUAAAUGUAUGCGUUUGAGCUGUUGUUAAGGCGAGUUGUGCGGCUGCAGGUAAAUCCCUUGUGCCAAGCGGUUUUUAAACGGACCAGUGUGUGUGCUAUGUUGUGACUGUGCCCCUCUACUGUCUCCCCGUCAGGUCACGAGGCAACCGUCCUGUUGGUCAGGACGGAGACUCGCUUCCUUUUUACCUGUACUGUAUUUAUUACUAACUGUGGACUGUGUGAUGUACAUGUAUGAAGACUUAUGCCUUAAGCCUGCUGAUUACACAAAGCAUUAAAAUCUACACACUGGAACUAAUGAAA